CGCCUGAUUCCCUGCUACCUUUCGUUCACCCCCCUCCUCUCUCAAGUUGUGCCUGCCGUGCAGGUUUUCAUGGAGACAUCAGGUGGGAUGAGAGCUUGCAAACAUAUGUAGGCAGUUGUGAAGAAUGCGGAGCUGUGAGCAGUCUAUCCUGUGGUAUUGGCCAGUACAGAGAAAGUUGUGGCGGCAUCCAUGCGGGUGAGUGUCGCAACUGCACAAAUGCUGGAGCAGAGGAGUUCUACGUAUCACAUGGCGGUGUGCACCCGCAUGGUUGCCAAACCAGCGGAUGCAUCAAGUGUCCCACUGGCAUGUUUCCAGACGGAUGUGGUGGAAGUUCGCCAGGUAAGUGUGAAGAUUGCCUGAACAUGCCCAAUGUCACACCUCCAUCUCACUACUUUUCAUCUCGCGGUGGUCCUGAUGGUCUUUGUGACCUUGCUCCAUGUGUGCCAGAUUGCGGAGUUGGCCAAUACAAAGCACUUUGUGGUGGCACAAAUGCUGGUUUUUGUCAUGCCUGCACCACGCCUGACCCUGGAUUUUUCCAUGAUGGUUCUGGUGGUUUGGAAGAUGCAUGCCCACGAAAGGCUUGUGAACCAUGUGAGGUGGGUUUUUUCCGGUCUGGCUGUGACAUGGCCAACAGCGGCGCGUGUGUUCCUUGUACCAACGGACCAGGGCAUGGAUAUUACUACAAGUCAUCCAGCCGAUUGCCCAAUCAAUGUGACUUCGUUCCAUGCGGCGAUUGUCCGAUGGGGAUUUACCGGGCCAAUUGUGGAGGGGCCAGUGAAGGAGCUUGUGUGCAUUGCACCAAGCAAACAAAUACCUACUUCAUCGGCAACGGGGGUCUCACAGACGCGUGCCCUACAAGGCUAUGUGCCGCAGAUGAGGAAGAAUGUGAGAUUGGGCAAUACAGACAAGGUUGCGGUUCUGUGGAUAAUCCAUCUAGCCCUGGAAUCUGUGCUAAGUGUGAUGACCACAAGAUCAACUACUUCUGGGUCAGCAAUGGAGGUGUCAGCAGCAGGGGUUGCAAAGAGUCCUUUUGCCAGCGGUGUGAUGCUGGAUAUGUGAGGUUGGGUUGCGCAGGAACGUCGCAAGGCGUUUGUGCAGCCUGUGAGUAUGAGUCUGGCUACUAUUUUCUAGCGGAUGGUGGUUUCGGCGAGCGAAACUUGACUUGUCCCAGGAGCCCGUGCGCAGAGUGCCCUGCUGGCUACUACAAGCAUGCUUGCGGUGCGGAUGUCGACCACACCAACCCAGGUGUUUGCCUGGAAUGCCCGGCUGGAAAGUAUCAAAGCCAAGCAUACCAAGAGAGUUGCCUCGAAGCUCCAGCUGGCACCUUUGCCACCCAAGGUGCUCGAGUACCUAGUGAAUGCCCCGAGGGGCACUAUCAAGGUAGCGCCGGCAUGUCGAGUUGUGAUUCUUGUCUUGGCGGUGAAAUACAACGGACGGGCGGGCGUGCAGUGGCCUGCACCUCUUGCCCAGUGGGCCAAUAUAAUGAUGGAUCACAGGACUCAUGCCAGCAGUGUGUGGGUAAUGUCAUCAAAUAUGGCUCGCUUCGAGCUGGAUGCACACCGUGUCCUUCAGACAGUUUCAACGAUGGAAGUUCGGACGCAUGUCAAACUUGUUCCGGAGGCUAUGUGGCUGUCAACCCCGAGACCGGGGCAAUGACUUGCAUCGGUUGCCCCGCUGGCUACUAUGCUGCAUCCAACCAAUGCACCCUGUGCCCAUCAGAUACAACAUCCUAUGCUAGUAGCACUUCCUGCUUUGGGUGCCAAGCUGGACACCGACCAGAAGGCGGGGUUUGCACUCCGGAACCAUGUCCGACUGGGAGCUCUGGUUCCAAUGUGCCGGCUGGGUGCACGUGUAAUAACAGAGAAGGAUGGGCUGGGAGUGUUGUACCUACUACGCGUGCACCCUAUUGGCAGUCACCUGGAUGUGUGCCACUACAGAUCCGCGCGCAUGCUGGCACGUCAACUGAAGUUCACGGGAUUGCGCAGGGAAUAUCAUCAAGCUGGUACAGAUAUCCAUGCUCAGGAAGCACUUGUGAAACCGGCACUGGGUCCGUGACUAGCUCGGAUCCAACUUGCUCCGCGCUGAUGGCGUAUGCUGCAGAAGAGAACUUGUGCAGCUCAAACCGUUGAGAAAACGAUCAGAGAAGAACAAAUCCUCGCAAAUUUGUGCGGACAGGCUGCAGAGGCAAAGUCUUCACUGCAGGCUUUAGGACUCUAGGAACGAAUAGCAUGAAAUUGUGAUUGAGGGGCUGAGCUUGCUUUGUGAGGUGAGUUGGUGGUUUUCUUGGCCGUGCAGCGCCUCUUGGGCAUUUCAGGCCGUGCUUUUGGGCCGUGCAUUCUGCCUGACUUGGAUUUGGCUUUCACCACCCUCCUACCUCUCAUUAAGCUCCUUCCCUAUCCUGGCACUCGGCUCCCGACGAAUUGGUCGCCACUUCUGCUCGAAGACGUCUCCGGGCCUACUUGAAUGAGUUUGCCGAUUGCCAACAAGGACAUUGAUCAUCUGGUGGAUAGCUUAGGUUGGUUAUCCCUGCUCUUCGAGCCGCUUUAGCUUCUGCUCUUUUUUACUUCUUAAGGGCAGGCUACUGACGCGGCUUUCUUGGACGAUUGGGAGCCAGUUGAGGACUCUCAUCCACACCCUGUGUUAGGAACCGUGCCUACUACCUCUUUUGUUGCCCGCCAAGAGCCUCCUUAGGCACCGGUACAAAUUUUGGAUCUGACACGAAAGUUGGCCCCUUGCAAGAUUCCUGCAGCCUUUCGCAUUGAGAGGGCGUUGAAAGCCGGCUACUAGUAGGGCUAGAGUGGCUCUCAUCUCGGGAGCGUCUUCAGGCCUUCCACAUCCGUGUUUUGGGUGAUUGAUCUCCAGAAGCUUGCUCAGACAGGCCAGAACAACUUCGCGCAGGGCUUUCCAUCCUUGACGGAGGGGCAGCCCUUUUGCGCAGGGGCCAUUGUUUAUUGUUCCGAUGCAGAAGUAGGUAGUGAGAUCUGCGACCUUAGAAGAAAAAUCUUUGUUGGCCUUCGCGCCCCUUCUGAAGUAAUAGUGCCAGCGCUUGCUGAGCCAGAGUGCAGAUUUUGGCUUUACGCUUGAUGGCUAG